CAGAAAUUUAAUGAGACUCUCGACAGCGUCAACGGAAUCUAUGUGGUUCUGACUUGACACCUAGGUAGGCAUCUAUAAAAAUAAAUACUGCCUUUUUCUAUGAACUCUUCAUCGCUUCACAUUCAAGAAACUCUGGCCAUAACGCGCUGUUCCCCCGAGUCACCUUUACUUCAAUCCAGCCUUAAUUGAUCAUUGGAGUCAAAGUGGCAACAGGAUAGCACCUCAAACUGUUAGCAAAGGCGAUUCAAGCCAAUUUUCAUCAUGGGCUCCCUUGGCUCCGAUGCAAAGCUACCAUGGAUCCGAACACCAUGUCUCUUGAGCCCUCAACUGUCCCGCGUGGCAGGCUGCAAUGUAUACCUUAAGCUUGAGAAUCUUCAACCCUCAGGCUCUUUCAAGUCUCGCGGCAUUGGCAACCUUAUGACCCAAGCGGCUGCUGCUGCCACAGGCCCGGUCCACUUCUACUGCUCAUCUGGAGGCAACGCUGGUCUGGCAUGUGCAACUUCUGCCCUCUCUCUGGGCCAAAAGGCGACUAUCGUAAUUCCUACCAUCAUUACUGAGCUGAUGAAGGGCAAGCUUCUCGACCUUGGGGUGGAAGUACACCAAAAAGGCAGGAAUUGGGCCGAGUGUGACAAGUAUAUGCGUGAGGAGCUAUUGGCAAAUGAUCCCAUGGGCAUAUAUGUCCCGCCCUUCGACGAUCCUCGGGUUUGGGACGGUGCAGCAACUAUGGUUGAUGAGAUCCGAGAUCAACUUGAAGAGCCCAUCGAAGGGAUUGUCUGUAGCGUCGGAGGCGGCGGUUUGAUCAAUGGCCUGAUGCAAGGCGUUGAGGGCCGUCCCUGGCAAGAUAAGAAACCAGCUGUCGUUGCCGUCGAAACCAAGGGAGCAGACAGUCUCAACGCAAGUGUCCUUGCCAAAGAACACGUAACACUCCCUGAGAUGACCUCGAUCGCAACGUCUCUGGGCGCCACUAGAGUGUCAGAGCAGACUUGGAAAUGGAGCCAGCAAUCUUCGGGUACUUUGAAGAGCCUCGUUGUAUCUGAUGCGGAUGCUGCCAUUAGUGCCGUGCGCUUCGCUGACGAUGGGCUGCAUUUGGUUGAAGUCGCUUGCGGUGCUGCCCUGGCUCCCGCUUACCGAGGGGAUCUGAGAAGACUGCUUGGACAGGGCAUGUCCGACGAGGAAUGGGGUAAGAAGAACGUGGUGAUUGUGCUUUGUGGUGGUUCGAAUGUUACUCUGGGCAUGCUCAAUGAAUAUCGGGAUAAGUAUCGAGGGGAAUCCUCAAUCAAGAUUUGAGUGAGUCCAUAGAACAUACACAUAGAGGCAUAGAUACUGGAGUAGAUAAAUAGACGGUUAAUUAUCAAAACUUCCUCGCAAG